UGAAUAACACCAGAUAACAUUCACCCCGGCGAUGGGGUUGGUAGCACCGAAAGUACGCUGUGCAGCCCUUUAAAGUUUUGAAUAUGUAAUGUCGAGUAUGUAUCCAGAUGUAAUUUUAUUCACAUAUGCACAAAGAAAACCAAUACGUUUUAUACUGGGCCUGUGGUGGCUCGUUGCUCUUCUCGUGUUUAAAGCGAGGCCUUACGCCGAACCCCAGGUUAAGUUGGCUGACUCGUAGGCGAGGUACCUCCGUUGAAUACCACUCCAUUUGGUUUUGGUUUCACACUUUGGUUUCGUUUGGGAAUGUUAACAAAUCCGGCUGGACGCGAACGAUAACGUUAAUACAUUCCCAGCCGUUUAACUGGUUAGCCAUUCCCCUACAUCCUUGUAUUUGCCACGCAGACAAUAAGAACGUUAAGUGUUUAAAAUGUAGCGGCGUGGUUUUAUUUUCCGGAUUUUCGACCGGAGUUCGGAUUGACGUUCCGUGCGUACGGCGGCUUCGCAGGCCUACGUCGUCUAGGUAGUGUGGCGAACAGGUAGAGCGCACGAAACACGCAGGAGGAUGACCGUGUCAGAGGAUUUAGAAUAACAAAUGUAGUGUGCUGGUUUUUGGUAGCUAGAGAGAGGUCGGCUCAAAGGGCAGGUUGCAUUGUUUUUUUUCUUCUGGAACCACUCGUAACUGACUGGAGAUGGGACUCCAAGUUUUGCUGUACUGGCCGAAUAUUAUUGGAUACAUUAGGAUUGGUCUGGUGCUUGCUGCAUGGGGGGCCUAUGAGACACCAGCAGUAUUUGUCCCACUAUACUCCGUCUCAAUAGCACUCGAUGGAGUGGAUGGGUGGCUGGCAAGGAGUCUGUGCCAGAGCUCCAGGUUCGGGGCCUGGCUGGAUGUAGUGGUGGACAAUCUUGGCAGAGGCAUGCUGUGGGGCCAGCUCUUUGAGUGGGGUUGGCUGGUUUCUGCGCUGGAAUGGUGUGUGUUUCUGUGUAACCACAACGCCAGAGGUGGCCACUGGAAGAACAGCUUCACCACUAGCCCUCGAUUCGUACAGGCCAUCAUGGCAAACGGGUUUCGGACACCGCUGGGUACAUGGGUGGUGAGUGGGCUGCACUGCCUCCCUCUGUGGCUGUAUUGGUAUCAGUGGGAUUUACUGUCCAACUGGUUCUAUCUGCCUUUCUGGGUCCAGGCGCUGGGGAUUAUGCUGCUGGCUGCAGGCCGCCUACUGGCUCUUUCAGUGGAGAUGUGGUGUAUAUGGACACACAUUGAAUACCUCACCAAUGAUGAGCCAGGAGAGAAGAAGAACUGAAAGCCACUCAGCAGAGUCAUCUUACACAGUCCUGUCAAACUGAUGGGGUACAAUUCUCUUUUAUAUGAAAAAUGGCAUCAGGUCACAUUUGUUUUUCUCCAAAGCUGAAACAAUCUGUCAUCGUUGUGGGAGAAUGUGGUAAAAUGAGCUACAUUGUAACUUUUUUUUCUAUUACGGCAAAUAAAUGUAUUAAUUUUAGAUAUUACCCACCAUAUUGGAUCUACCUGGACAUUAAUGUUAAAAUAUGUGGCUUUUUUACACGUAGAAGAUGACAGUGAAAAUAUCUGACAACAACUAUUGCCUUUUGACCUCUCACGUUUUCAUGUAGUAGCAAUCAUAUUUAAUGUCUAAUAUUUGGAAAAUGCUUUGAUGAAUGACCUAAAUGGAUUCGGUAACAGCAACAGUUUAUCUUUGAAAAAAAUUUUGAUGAUUGUUGACUGUGUUAAAAAAAGCUAAGCUGUGGCUUUCUUUUUGCUUUUGUCAUGAUAUUAAUUAUUAAUAGUUUGAAUAGGUUUAUACAAUAAAGUACUGUUGGUAGGGUCUCAUAGACAUUUACUGUGCAUAUGAAGUAUUUGAUAUGUUCAUAAUACCAUUUGCCCAGCCCAUGAAAUGCCAACAAAUGUAACAAAUGGAAUUUUUCCACCUCUGUGCUUUGGGCCAAUAGUAGGAAAAACAUCUGACAUUUCCACACAUUUCUACACAUUUUGCUUUCAUUGAAUAUGUGGCAAAUUAGCUUUACUUUAAAAUUUUAACAAUCCUAUUUGUAGUUGUUGAACAAUGAAGAUAUUGUUGAUCCCUUGAAUAUCAAGUGUAGCAUGCAAUUACGCACUCGACAUGUAAAAGGAGUGUUUCAGAAGACACACUUCAAUAGAACUGACCUCUUUAGCCUAUUUGACGGCUGGACUUUAACCAGCAGUCAGUUCCAUUUCAUCCUAAAGUUGUUGGAUUGUUUUGAGGUCAGGGGUCUGUGCAGGCCAGUCAAGGUCUCCGAUGCCAAACUUGGAAAACAAUUUCUCUGUGGACCUAGCUUUGUGCACGUUUAGCAGGACCGCCAUGUAGCUUGCAACAGUAGAGUCUACUGUUGAGACCAUGUUGGCUAGUGUGAAUGUUAAUGGUGUUACCCAGUAUUUAUGCAAGAGAAACCCUGUACAUGCCUAGUUUCUCAGUUGCAGUUAUGCGACUUUUUGCAUAGCUAUUUCUUUAUUGUCAUAUCUUACAGAAAGAAUUUUUUGGGGUAUGAGAACUGUAUAUAUCUUUUUGUAAUAUGGGCAUGCAUUAUGUUCUCUUUAUGUUCUAAACUUUUCCCUUGGAAGUUACAGAUAGCAUUCAUACAGGAGAGAUCCUGUGAAUGUUAUGUUUCUCUACAAUUGCAGGUAGGUUAUGCUGUUGCCAUUACUGGUGCUUUGCAAUAAAAUACUGAACAGUCGCAGGAAGUUUGGUCGUUAUCCACCAUCGGACGACACAACUCAGAGUUAGACCAAUCGCACUUGGGUGGAUGGCUAUGAUGAAACAGGAAAGGGUGCUCCCUGAAAUGUUGCCUGAAAGAUCACAUUGUAUGCUCUAGCAUUAAGAUUUCCUUUCACUGGUACUAAGGGAGCAAAGCCACGAAGAACAGUCCAAGACCAAAAGUGCACAAAAGUAUGUAUCUGCAUACUUUUGGCCAUACAGUGUGUCUAAAACAGGUCAUGAUGCACAGAGGUACCACUAAAGAUCCAUUAAUCAAGGAAGGAAACAAUGGGUUAUGGGUUUAAUAUGUACUACCAUCAAU